AUGUCAGGUAAAGAAUAUCUAUGCACUUCUAAUCAGGACUUUGAGAAUGGAAGUGAUUCUGGAGAAGUGUGCUACACAGUCAUUAAUCACAGGGUCCUGAACAGAUUCUCCUUGAAUUCCAAUGAUGAUGGUUAUGAGAAUGUUGGCUGCAGAAGGAGAGUCAGGCAGCUCAGAGAAGAUGAAGAAACAGAAUAUGCCCUGAUCAGGACUUCUGUUAUUGGCCAUACUUCUUGUACUCCUGAGCAUGAUUAUGAAAUUGUGCUUCCACAAUAA